UGACCCUUUGACUCCUUUAGAUUCGGUGGUUUCUUACACUAGACCUGAAAGAUAUGUUUGCUUUUUAGACUGGCAUACAUGGCCUCUUUGAACAACAGAGCUAAUAGAGUUGCUCCUGAUGAAAGCACUUUAUCCCUGUUUUUCCAAUCUCUACUGCCAAACUUCAACCUACAGGGUGGCGUAAAGCCUGAGGGGGACCUGGAAGUGACCCGUGCUGGGCGACAGCUGAACCAGGAAGUGAACCAGCUAAUGGGGGCUAUGAGGGACAUGCUGGUUAAUAUCCAAUUUCAGGAGCCACGGCGUGAGGACAACCCAGAGAGGGAUGAUGAGGAGUGGGAUUGAGACCAUUGAGGUCCAGUUUAGCUGUCUACAGGACAGUAGGCUGCUGGGCCAGGACUGGGGAAGUUGGAAGAAUACCAGGCCUGGACAACAUUAAUAACAAAGAAUCCAUUUCAAAUUCAGUAUUUUUUUGCUAUUCAAUUGGAAUUGUAGGGUUCUAAGACAAAAUUAACCCUGCAAAUUCAUCUGUUGUCAAAAAAG